AUGGAUAAUAAACCGGUCCCCGACAAGCUCUCGGAACUCUACAAUACACUCCUUUCUCGCCGUGCUUCCAACGAGCAUAAGGACUGGGAGCUCACCAUCACAGCUUUGGAGCUUCUCGCCGUUACCCACAGACCUUUUAGCAUCCUGGAGUUGUCCUGGGCCGUCACCCUGCAUACAUCCCGCCAUGUUACCACCGUUGACUACCUUUCCAAGCUAGUGGACCACCAAAAGCUUUUGAGCCUGAUUCAACCCUUCAUCGCAUGCGUUGAGCCUAGCAACUUGAGAAGGUAUCAAGUUCAGCUCAUAUAUCAGUCAAUGAAAGAGUUGAUUCUGAGGCGUUGGGAGCCCAAUGCCACGUAUUCAGGAAGUCCAGCUUCCGAGAGAGACGAUGGCCAGCGCUUUGGUGGUCCAGAAGCAUUGAUAUUGGAUAUAUGUAUCCGUUAUCUCCUUUUGACUGAAAUUGACGAUCAAUACCUGUUCUCCGAAGAGCAGAUUGCAAUGUCGGAGCUUCCACAAGAGUCUGACUUGUUCAAUGACGAGAAGGAGCCGGCCAAGUACGACACUCAUUGCUCGUGGGAAGCUUGGGAAGAAGAUAUGAUUCAGUUCAAUCCGGCUGAGCUUGGUUUGGGCGAGUUCUUUGUCUACGCAUCAUGCUACUGGCUGAAAUAUUAUAGUCUCGUCACGGCUGAGGCACUUCCCAACCUAGCGAGCAUAGAAAAGUUGUGCCGAGCCAAUUCGAUUCGAAUUCGCAAUUGGACUCAACAAAACCGUCGUCCGGGCUGUGCGAUGCCACCCAGAUUUCAAUUCGACAGCCAGCUGUAUGAUCCCCUCAGCAUCACCUGCCUUUAUGGCUCUGUGGAUAUGCUGCAUGUUAUGCUUAGAGGUUCGGAUUUUGACAAUAACCAUUUCCUUAACAUGACGGCUAUAAACGCGGCAGACCAAAUUCUGCAAUGGGGAGACAUGUCCAGGCUCAGCACACUUUUUCUGGACCCGAGACUUGGUCAUCAGCUACGAAACCUGGACUUUUUCCGACUGAUUAUCCGCAGAUGGCGUGAAUCAAGUGUAUCUCGACCUGACUGGGAUGAUGCUUUUGCAUUGAUUGACCUCGCGACGGAUCAAAUGGUUCAGCAGCAGUGGGGGCUCGAGCUCUUGUGCGUGGCUGCCAGUGCAGGCUGCGCACCCGUUGCUCAGAGGUUACUGUCUGGCGCUCGGCAUAAUGAGGGGCUUAGAAGAGAGCUAUUGCGUCAAUUUCCUCUUAUGCCACAAGUGGCACCCUUGAAAUAG